CUGGUCGGCUACGCCGUCACCGGCGUCAUCUCCGCCAAUCGUCCCGAGGGCCGCAGCGUCGCCCGCGAGGACUGGUGGGACCUGAUCGUAUCGGUUCCCGAGCCCAGGUUCAUCGUCCUGCAUGACAUCGACAACCCGCCCCUCGGCGCCUACUGGGGCGAGGUGCAGUCCAAUAUCCACCGGGCCCUGGGUGCCGUCGCCGUCGCAACCGACGGUACCGUCCGGGAUCUGGACGAGGUCCGCGCCCUGGGGUUCCAGUUCUUUGCCAAAGAGGUUUCGGUGUCCCACGCCUACGUCCACAUGGUCGACAUGGGCAUCCCCAUCGAAGUGGGCGGCCUCACCGUCCAGACCGGCGACCUCCUCCACGGCGACAAGCACGGCGUCACCAAUAUCCCCUUCGAUCUCGCCGACCGUAUCCCCGAUAUGGUCAGCACCAUCGCCGAUUAUGAACAGAAGACCAUCAGCCUCUGCCAGUCCUCCGAUUUUUCGCUGGACGCGCUGAAAGAGGUGGCCAAGAUCACACGCCCCUACUGA